AUGAAUGGAGGUGGUGGUGGCGACGCGGGUGGCGUCGACGGGAGCGUGGACGAGGAUGUGUUCCGCUUUAAGGUGGCCGCGUUUUUCACGGUCAUCGUGGUGUCGCUGGUCGGGGGAUUCCUACCGCUGCGAAUCAACAUGGGGAAUGACCAGACGCGGAAAGGACUCAUAGACCACAUGCGCUUCCUAACCGCCGGCGUGUUUCUCGGCGUGGGCCUCCUGCACAUGCUUCCAGACGCCGUAGAAGGCUUCCAAGCCCUACACUGGUCGCCGCCCUCAGCCUUCAAUAUAGUCACAAACGCCUGGCGAGAUCACCUUCGCCACAGUCCCGGCAACCAGCCACCCCUAUCCUCCGGGGAUCCCGCCGCAGCAGACGACAGCGAUCCGUUCCCCAUCCCGUACCUCCUGUGCGCGCUGGGGUUCAUUCUAGUGUGGUACGCGGAGCAGCGCUUCUCUUCCGCCGCUUCGCCGUCCCCCUCCCCCCAGGAGAUCCAGAAGAUGAUGGCGGUGGCAGCAGGGGCGGAGUCACUCGGGGGAGGUAGUAUCUGCUACGUGCAGGUGCAACCAGUGGCGUCAUACGGGCCUGUGCAGUGCCCGUCGCCCACGAGAAUCCGCUCUGCUGCUGCUCUGGCGGGCCUUCCGCAGUCUGCCAUGCAAGCAGCGAUGUAUGGAGCUGCGUCUGCGUCCUCGUCCUCCCCACUCGGCCCCUCGGGAUUGUCGUCGUCGUUUGCUGGCGGUUCUGCUGCCGGUUCUGUGUCUCCUUACGCGUCUCCUUCCCCCAGUCGGUUUGUUCUGCCACCUUCUGCGUCCCCUGCUGCUGCGCCUGGCGCUCUAGGGCCUGUCUCCUCGCAUGCACCCUCACAUGGGCCCUCGCAUGUGCACUCGCACUUGCCGUCUCAUGUGGCUGCGUCGCCGCAGUUAGGGUUGAGAGAGGCGCUGCUGCUGGGAAGGGAGAUGGAGAGGGAGAGGGGAGAGAAGCAGAAAGUGGAAGGGAUGGGUGUGGCGGUGCUGGGAGGCCGUGGGCAUAGAGGAGAUUGUGGAAACCAGGGCCAUGGAGAUGAAAAAGGGCAUGGUCACAAUCAUGGGCAUGGGCAUGGGUGUGGGCAUGGGGAGGGGAGUGAGCAUGGCAGUGAAGGUGAACACAUGCAUGUGCAUGAGCAUGAGCAUGAGCAUGAACAUCCCCAUGAGCAUGAGCAUGAUGAGGAGGACGGGCUGCUGGCACAUGCACAUGCGCAUUCACACUCACAUGCGCAUGAUCACAAGCAUGCGCACGCUUCACUUCCCCAGCAUGGGCCGCAGCACCCGCAGGUGCAUGGGCAUGAGGAGCCUGGGGACUGCUGCCACUCCCAAGGCCAUGGGGAUAGCGUGUGCCAUCAUACCGACCAGCAGCAGCAGGGGCAGGAGAAGCAGAAGAGGAAGAUUCACGAGCAUGCGCAAGAUCACAGCCACAAGCACGGCAGCAGUAGUUGUCACGGCCAUGCCCAGGGGCCGCACGCCCGUUCCGCCCACCACCACGCGCACGAGUGGCAAGACGAGGUGGGCGUGCGGUGGAGAGGGGUGCAGGGCGGCACAGAGGACGACGCCUGUGCGGGUCUGCACCGCCACACGCACACCACGCACCACCACCACAUAGUGCUCCCCUCCAGGGGCGGCCUCUCGUACCUGCUCACUGCGCUGCUCUCAAUGCACUCGUUUGUCGUGGGUGCGGCGCUGGGCACGUCGGGGACGCUGCAGGGGACGGUGGGGCUCAUCAUUGCGCUCAUUGCUCACAAGUGGGCUGAGGCCUUUGCCGUUGGCGUGCAGUUUGUGAGGGAGAGUGUGCCAGUGCCCAAGAUGGCAGCCAUUCUGCUGCUAUACUGUGCCAUGACACCCACUGGCAUCGUCGUAGGCAUGCUUGCCAACUCGCUUGCGGGCCCCCGAGCCAUGCUCGUUGCUGUUGUCACACAAGCGUUCGGUGCAGGCACGGUUCUAUACAUUGCAAUGUUGGAGCUUGUGGAGAAGCACUCAGGCGCCCAAGGCGCCAGUACUACGGACUCCCCGCCCGCGCCCGCCAUGGCCACCAAGUCCGCAAGAGCCGCGGAAGCGCUGCAACGCGUUAAGGAUGCCGGCCUAUUCCGCGACCAGUGCCUUAUCGGGGACAGCUGGGUUGGACCUCGUGACACCGGCGCUACUAUGGACGUAGUUAAUCCCGCCACGGGGGACCUUAUAACGCGUAUCCCGAAUCACGGGUACGACGAGACGCGCCAGGCCAUCGCCGCCGCGUCUGCGGCCUUUCCUGGUUGGUCGUCGCGCACCGCGAAGGAGCGCGCCGCGGUGCUGCGCAAGUGGUACGAUUUAAUCAUUGCGAACCGCGAGGAGCUCGCGCUGCUGAUGACGCUGGAGCAGGGAAAGCCGUUGGCCGAGGCGCGCGGCGAGGUCGACUACUCCGCGGGAUACGUGCAGCUCUACGCGGAAGAGGCGACGCGGACGUACGGCGAUAUUAUCCCCGCGCCGCUGGCGGACAGGCGGAUUCUGGUGCAGAAGCAGCCGGUGGGGGUAGUCGCAGUAAUUACCCCGUGGAAUUUCCCCCUCGCGAUGAUUGCGCGCAAGGUCGCGCCUGCGUUAGCGGCGGGCUGCACGGUUGUCGCGAAGCCAUCGGAACUCACCCCGCUCUCCGCGUUCGCGCUCGCGGAGCUGGCGCUUAAGGCGGGCGUGCCGCACGGAGUGAUUAACAUCGUCGUAGGCGACGCGCCGCCGAUUGGACAGGCGAUCAUGGAGAGUCCCGAGGUGCGAAAGCUUAGCUUCACCGGGUCUACCGCUGUAGGGCGGCGCCUCAUGGCGGGCGCAGCGGCGACGGUGAAGCGGGUGUCUUUAGAACUCGGAGGCAACGCGCCGUUCAUAGUCUUCGACGAUGCUGACGUGGCGGUCGCCGUGAAAGGGCUGCUCGCGGCGAAGUUCCGGAACGCGGGGCAGACGUGCGUGUGCGCGAAUCGCGUGCUGGUCCAGGAAGGAAUCUACUCCGAAUUCGUCUCUGCGGUCAAAACGGCCAUGGAGCAGCAGUUAACCGUUGGAUUCGGGCUUGAGGACGGGGUGACUCAAGGGCCGUUGAUCAACCAAGCAGCCGUGGAGAAGGUACAGAGCCAUGUAGCCGACGCGGUGAGCAGAGGAGGCAAGGUGCUGCUAGGAGGCUCCAUAGCCCACCCGUCCUUCCUCUCCGCCCCGGCGGGUGAACUCCCAGAGAAGCUCCCUGGAUGCUUCUUCCAGCCAACGCUCGUGGUAGAUGUUCCUUCCGACUGCCUGUGCUUCCAGGAGGAAACAUUUGGGCCGCUGGCCGCUGUUCACAAAUUCUCCUCUGAAGCAGAAGCGCUGCGCAUUGCGAAUGAUUCUGAGUUUGGGCUGGCUGCGUAUGUGUACUCGCGGGACAUGGGGCGGUGCUUCAGGGUGGCGGAGGGGUUGCAGGCGGGGAUUGUGGGGGUGAAUGAGAGUGCGAUUAGCACUGAGGUGGCGCCGUUUGGAGGGGUGAAGCAGUCGGGCAUGGGGCGCGAGGGGUCGCGGUAUGGGCUGCAGGAUUACAUGGAUUUGAAGUACGUGUGCCUGGGGAACCUGAAGUGA